AUGAGAGCUGCCCUCAUCCGACAACCAAACCUGCUGCCUUGUCCUGGGAUGUCUACAAGUUCUCCAGCCCUGAAUGAUCAGGAUACCCUGGAUCAGCUCAUAAAGCAAUCCCCCAGGUUUCCUCUUCAUUUGACUGCUCAGUUGGAGGACAUUUAACACUUGUUCAACAAGGUCCGGCAGGAUCCACAGGAACAUCACAAGCUGGUAGAAAACUUUGUCCACAUCAUGGAGACCAGCAGCCAACUCCCAGGUGUCAAGUCCAUGGAGUGCCCGGUGGGCCAGGCCUCACCUGGCAAACAAGCCCACCAGCACAGUCAGGAACCAGCCAAUCCUGAGCCACCCCAGCACCUGGUGGUCAAGACUCCACAGGAGUCAAACUUCAAAGACGUUGUGGCCAUGAGGUCAUCUGACUGGCUCCAGCCACCCUUCAAAGUGGAUGACCAGCUGCUGUUUGGCUGGGACAAGGAGCCCCAGUUUGGGCUAGAUGUCCUGGCAGAGCACCUCUGGAAGAUUUAUGCUGGUUUCCACAAUAACAUGGAGGAGCCGAGGCACAGAUGCAGACUCAUGGAGUAGGCACUGGACCUGGAAAGCAAGACUCCAGGAUCAGACUCAGAGGCAGAGACAUAUCCUGAAGAUGCCUUGAGUUUUUCUAUACCCCACUCGCCUGAGACUGCCUCCAGCUCCCCUGAGGGUUCCCCAAAAGGGAGCAUGAUUCCAGACAUGGCCCAGGAGCUGGAGCCUGCCGGAAGAGCUCAUCCAUUUCUGAAGCCAAUAUCCUGGGACUCCGAGGACUUCAAAGAUGAAUUCCAGAGGCUGGAUAGCUUGCUCCAGCCAUCCAUGGGGUUGGCAGUCCCACUCAAGAUGGAAAAGAUGCAGGCGCUAAGAAGCGGAGAACACGUGCUUGCCACGGUCAUCAGCAGCUUCACACAGCACACCUUUACCUGUGGCAGGGGCAGCAUCAGGGUGUGGAGUCUGACUGGCCACGUGGCUGAGGACAGGUUCCCCAAGACCAACCUGCCUGCACAGUUGCAGACUCAUGGGGCCUACUUGCGCACCUGCCUGCUGUCAUUGGACAGCAGAGCUCUGCUGAAGGAGGGCCACGGCCGGGCCAGCAUGAGCAUGUGGGACCUGGAGGCACCCUCCCUGCAUGUGAAGGCUGAGCUGUCCUGAGAAAGUCUCAGCUGCCAGGACCUGGUUCUCGAUCUGGAAGACAACUUGGCCUUCACCAGCUUCACCAGUGGCACGGUCAGGAUCUGGGACCUGUGGGAUCAGAGCAUGGUCAGGAAUCUCACAAGCCAUCCAAAUGGAGCCAAGAGCCUCACAGUCAAAAACCAUUACAUCUGGACAGGGUGUCUGGACGCCUGUCUGCAGAGCUGGGACCUGAGGGUAGUCAAGGAGCUUCUAGAAUACCAAUUCAAGUCACAGAUCAUGAGCCUGUCCCACAGCCCCCAGGAAGACUGGGUGCUGUUGGGCUUGGCCGACAGCCAGCAGUGGUUGCAGCACGCCAGCAGGAGCCAAAGCACGUGGUGGGGCAGGGUGAAGGACUUCACCAUCCUUGACCUUAAGUUCUCCCCCUCUGGCCAGUGGCAGGUGCGCAUGGGCAUGGGCAACAUUGUCAGCCUCUACAGCAUGCCCCGGGGAACACUGGUGUUCCAGGUAUCCGAGACCACCUCUCUCAUGUGCUGUGACAUGUCUUCCAACAACUGCCUGAUCAUCACAGGCUCUGGUGACUAUGCCUCAGUGUACCAGAUCACCUACAGAGGGGCCUCACACCGGCCACCCCAACUGUGGCUCCUUUUCUGUCUCUUCUCCCCCAAGUAG